UCCAACGGCGGCAUUUGAUCCGAGGUAUCGUGUAUCGUGGCAGCUAUGGCUGCCUCGAGCCAUUUGGGCGCUUCCAGGAUUCACAGAGGAAUUCGGCUGCCUGUCAAGGAUGCGAGCUCCCUUCUCGGGAGAGCUUUCUUCCCGUGCCACCAUCAAAGAAUCAUACGAUCCAGACACGAGUUUCGAGUGUUUUGCAAGAAAGUCGAGAGCGAAGCUGAAAUCGUCGAGACCAAAUUCGUCGGCAAACCCGAGCUGCUCGAAAAUGGGAGAAAAAUCCCGACCAGUUUUGAGGAGAUGGACUGCGUUGGAACAGGCACAGAUGUGGAGUGUGUCUACAGGGACUUGGAGAGCGACUUUAGAUUCGGCGGCACUGUCUCGUCCAGAGCGAUCGAUUCAUCGGACCCAGCGAGCAGCAGCAAAGAUUUCAGCAGCGCCGAGAAGAGAACGGAUCAAACCGGGAGCUCGGGAGCUUUAAACACAGUGCUGCUAGACAAUCUCCUCCUGAUAUCGCCGUUCUUUUUCUGGGGCACGGCUAUGGUGGCCAUGAAAGGAGUUCUUCCAAAGGCCGGACCUUACUUCGUUGCAUCGACGCGGCUUGUCCCGGCUGGAUUGCUGCUAGUCGGAUUUGCGAGCUUGCGAGGCCGGAAGCAGCCGUCGGGGCUGUAUGCAUGGCUUAGCAUUCUCGUCUUCAGCAUCGUCGAUGCGUCGUGCUUCCAGGGAUUCCUAGCAGCAGGACUUGGGAAAACAAGCGCUGGACUUGGAAGUGUUAUCAUAGAUUCGCAGCCUUUGACAGUAGCCAUUCUCGCGUCGAUCCUGUUCAACGAAACGAUCAAGCCUCUUGGAGCUUUGGGACUUCUUCUAGGUGUAGCGGGGCUUUUGCUGCUGGAGGUGAUCACAAGCUUCAUAGUUCUUGCAUCGUCUCACUGGAAUUUGCCACAGGUUCCAGCUGAAUCCUUGGGAGCACUGCUUUCCUCCGGUGGUGGCAUAGAAUUCUCCUCCAGUUUUUGGAGCAGCGGAGAGUGGUACAUGCUCCUCGCUGCUCAAAGCAUGGCCCUUGGCACGCUCUUGGUUCGCUGGGUGUGCAAGUUCUCGGAUCCGAUCAUGGCAACUGGCUGGCAUAUGAUAAUUGGUGGCUUGCCAUUGUUGCUCCUCGCAGCGUCUAACAACGAGCCCGCCUUGAAUGGUCACUUGGAAGAUCUCAUGGUUAGUGACUGGGCUUCUCUAGCUUACACCUCGAUCUUUGGGAGUGCUAUAAGCUAUGGUGUGUUCUUCUACAACGCCACCAAAGGGAGCCUCACGAAGCUGAGUUCUUUGACAUUUCUCACACCAAUGUUUGCAGCUUUUUUUGGAUAUCUUGUUUUGGAUGAAAGCCUCAAUGGCGCUCAAAUUUUGGGAGCUACGAUCACACUCGCUGGUAUUUAUCUUGUAAAUGCAAGGCCCCCUGAGUCGAAAAUUAAACAAUAGCAAAAUUCUUGAUUAAAGCCUUAA